UUACAAAGACGCGGACAUGUUGCCAAUGUUCUGUCGGUAUGCUCAAAUCAGCCUAUGGGAUAAAUGAAGUGUAUUCAUUCUGACCUAGCCGCGGGAAAUUUUAUUUGAAUUGUAUUGGACAGUUACAAAGGUCAGAAUAAUUCCCAACUGUGUGUCAAAGGCAAAGAAUGUUCGCACAAGGAUCUUCAUAGGAGAUCAGAUUGAUGAAUGCAAGGACCUGUCAGGGCUGUACUAUCUCCUGCCUUUCCAAAAGGGUUACAUGGUCAACUGGGAGGUAGAAAAACAAGUGUGGGACUACAUGUUUGGGAAAGAGAAACUGAAGGUUGAUUUCAAUGAGUCUAGUGUCAUCCUAACAGAGCCCUAUUUUAACUUCACAUCCAUUCAAGAAGCAAUGAACGAAAUUUUGUUUGAGGAGUAUGGAUUCCAAGCAGCCUUUAGAACAAACCCAUCAUACCUCAGCCAGUACAAAUUACAGCAGGACACAGAUAGCAGCAAGUUGUGCUCCCUCGUCUUGGAUACUGGUUACUCGUUUUCACACAUCAUCCCAUAUUGCAAAGGGAAGAAGCUUACAGAAUCCAUCGUCAGGGUGAAUGUUGGAGGCAAGCUGUUAACAAAUCACUUGAAAGAAAUCAUAUCCUACAGACAGCUGAUGGUGAUGGAUGAGACGUAUGUCAUCAACCAGUUGAAGGAAGACGUGUGCUAUGUGUCCACCCAGUUCAAUGCUGACAUGCUCACAUCAAGAAAGAAGGGCUUGGCUAAUACAGUGAUGCGAGACUAUGUGUUACCUGACUACACGCACAUUAAGCGGGGGUAUGUGCGCAGUCAGGAAGAGACCACCGGCAAGGCUCAGGGAAAUGAACAGAUCAUACGGAUGAACAAUGAGAGGUUCAGUGUUCCAGAGCUAUUGUUCCGACCAUCAGAUGUUGGUGUACAAGAAAUGGGAAUUACAGAAGCAUUGAUACACUGUGUUAGCACCACACCUGAGGAGAUGCAGCCCCAUUUCUAUCGGAACAUAGUUACCACUGGAGGGAACUGUCUUAUACCAGGCUUCCAAGAAAGAUUUCAUAUGGAUGUAAGGAGCAUGGCACCAGAUGAGUUUGACAUCUCCAUAACCUCCUCAAAAAAUCCUGUCACGUACGCGUGGGAGGGCGGCGUACAGUUGGCCAAUGAUCCAAACUUCCACAAGCUUGUAGUUACCCGUGCAGAGUUUGAGGAGCAUGGUCACAAUAUCUGCAUGGAGAGGUUUGAAGUUUGACAAGCGAUGCACUUCGUAAUGGGACUGUGAUUCUUAAAGACUAGUGUCUUGGUUUGCUACGGACUGCAUGGGAAUGGUCCAUUUUUAUGCUACUUUUGUAGCAUUUCCAAAUUAAAUGAGCUGUGCUCUAGAAAAUAAAGGCUUAAUGCAUGUGUAAAAAAUGCUGGCCAAGAUUAGCCUGUGCAGUUUGCACAGGCUAAUCUGGGACAAUACUUUCCUCAUGGAUUGGAUUUUUGAUUAGAAGAAACUGCCCUUAAUUGACAUCAAAUCCAUGAAAAGUGGAAAGUGUCGUACCUGAUUAGCCUGUGUGGACUGCACAGGCUAAAAUGAUGUGAAAUUACUCAAUGCACAUGUAUUACAUGUAAAACCACCGUGUGAGUGCUACUCAAAUGCAUUUGAAGACUUAAUGUGUAGCUAUGCAUCAACAGGUGAUAACUUCAAAACAUGUGAAGUGAGAGGUAUGCCAGGGAUCCAUGUGUAAUGCAGCUCAGACAGUUUCAAGUGUUAUUAGGACUCUGAUGCAUUCUUGGUGCAUGCAACUUGAUUUCAGUCUGUUCUGGUAAUGGAUUUUUCAGUCAAUUGACACCAGAUUCUCAUAAGAAGAUGAAAUCUUAAAUAACAGCCGCACCAGUCUUCGUGUAUGAGACACAUUUUAUGUUUGUGUUAGGAUUUGACAGUUUGUUCAACAAAAUCAUGCUAGAAAACUCACUAUCAUGUCAAAAAUUACUUAAAAAUAUGGUCUGUGUCCAUAUUUGAACACAAUUGUUUGGUUAAAUGCUAUUGUGCUUAAUUGAAAGUGGGGCUAAAUAUAUGGUGUCAUUUCAAAUUUAUGGUGGCAAUUGUCAUUUCAAAUUUAUGGUGGCAAUUGUCAUUUCAAAUUUAUGGUGGCAAUAAAUAUAUAAACAGAAAUAAAAAAUGUAUUUAUUUUUUUAA